AUGACAUGGAAAGUACUUUUUCUCCUUGUUUGUCUCCUGGUAUGUGGAAUCAACGGAUUUUCAGACCCUUACAGGGUUCUGGGCAUUCCCAAAUCAUCAACAGUACCGGAAAUAAGAAAAGCCUACAAAAAUCUAGCGAAAGAAUGGCACCCUGACAAAAAUCAUGAUCCAGCUGCUGAGGAGAAGUUUGUGGAAAUCACACAAGCCUAUGAGCUGCUCUCUGACCCUGAAAGACGCAAGCAAUAUGACUUGUAUGGGGUCCUGGGAGAUUCUGCAAUAUCAAGAGAGAAACGAGAAUAUAACCAGCAAUAUCAAAAGAAAUUUGAUUUUAUGGAUGAUUUGUUUGGCUUCCCUGGUUAUGGAUCAUUUCGUUAUCGACGAUCAGAACCGGAUAUUACAUCAUUUCACAAAUUGAGUGUAUCUACCAAAGCCUAUGAAAAUAAUUUGGUUCCGAAGAGCUUCCGAACACCUUACCUUAUUCUCUUCUACUCUGAUUGGUGCUUCCCCUGCCUGCAAAUCGAGCCUUUGUGGAGAAAAGUCAUUGAAGAUCUUGAACCUAUUGGAGUUGGAGUAGCCACAGUCCAUUCUGAAAAUGAAAAGAUGCUUGCAAAGAAAGUUGGCAUAAGGUCACUACCAACAAUGGUCCUUCUGAUGGAAGGCAAAACAACCAUUUACAGAGAACCUAUGAUAAGUGCUCAUAAAAUUGUUGAAUUUAUUCGUGCAAAAUUUCCAUACAAUAUAAUGCAGUCAGUUAAUGAUGAUAAUGCCCAUGAGUUUCUAAGAGGCUGGAUAGAUAACCGUGUUAGAGCGCUUGUUUUUGAGAAUAAAGAGCAACCUCGCUUGCGCUAUCUUCUUACCGCCUAUCACUUUCGAGAUCGUGUCGCUUUUGGGUCUGUGAACAUGGGGUCGAUGGAUACUAUUGAGACACAGAAACAGUUCAAAGUGGCUCAUGAUGCUGAUACUCUCUUAAUAUUUAAUGAGAAUCAUAACCGUCCUAUUGUUAGUUUGUCAAUGGCGGAUAUCCCAGUUAACACUAUGCAAGAUGUCAUAAGUCGAAACAAAUAUUUGGUACUGCCUCGUCUUUCAUCACAGACACUACUUGAUGCCCUUUGUCCUCCUGAGUGGGCAAAACCGCGAAAACGCCUCUGUGUUGUCCUUGUAUCUGAAAAUACACCAUAUCAUGACACUCCUCGCCAAGCAUUACGACAGUUUGCUCAAGAAUCAUCUUACAGUGCAGAGAGAGUUCGAUUCACCUACAUAUUUAGAGAACGUCAGAGCGAAUUCAUAAAUGCCUUAACAAGUGGUGAAGGGAGCCCUGCUGAAUCAACUCUACACAUUGUGAUUUUGUGGCGCCGAGACUCAUCUCACAUUAAAUAUGAAUGGCUACCAUCUGGCCUUGAUGCUUCAGUGGAUCAAUGGAAUGAUACCAAGUCUCAUCUGGAAACAACAAUACAUCGACUUCUUCAGUCAAAUGCUGCCUUAUCAGGAGAAGCUAUUGUAAAGGAAUUGAUAGAUGAACAUGCCCAGGGAAUGGUGACACGAAUGGUAAACAAACUUCUUCUGACAGCCGAUUUUCUGAAGGAAUCCAUUGGGAAAGAUCAAAUUCUACCUGCUAUUUCCGUUAUUGGAACAAUUUUGUUCAUCAUUGGUGGUGGUUACCUCAUGUCUUAUCUUGUGCGGCUGGAAGAAGAAAGCAUUAACAAGAAGAAGAACGAUGAUAGCGGCAAGGGUACAACUGAAAAUGGGAAAAAUGGAAGUUAUGUACCGGAACUGAAAUUGCAUGAAAUGAGGGCUGAGAAUUAUAAUGGUCUAGUACGUUUGUUGAAACCUGGCUGUCGCACUAUUAUACUAUUGGUUGAUAUGCAAUCUAGAACCACCCUUCUCCCAAGUUUCCACAAAACAGUGUGGCCAUAUCGCAAGAAUAAAACGUUGAUGUUUGCUCAUCUCUCAUUAGAGAGAGGUCUCGAAUGGUACAAACGGUUGUUGACAUUAAGCCUUCCUGAGCCUCGUGACCUCAACAUAAAUCCUCGCAAUUGCAUUGGUACUGUCUUGUCGCUGAAUGGUCAUCGAAAAUAUUUUUGCAUGUAUCAUGCAAAACAUCCAGAAUGCUCACGAGGGCAAGGCUCAAAACGUAUGGUGAAAAUGACAAAACACUUUAGUAAUCCCCCUUUCAAUGUUGGAAGUGGUGCUUUCAUGGGUUUUGAUACAAGUGAAUCAGAAAGUGAGACGGAAGAUGUGGAAAAGGGAGUGCGUCCUUUGACUGAGGGGUCCGGAGAUGCAGCUGGUGGAGUGCUUUUCCAAGGGAACCUUCUAGACGGCCUCCCUAAUUGGCUGGAUCGAUUAUUUGAGGGCACCACUCAUCGUUAUUAUGUCAAUUACUGGCCUGACUUCACUGGAAAAUAGGUUCAUUCAAGUCUCCCUCUGUGACUGUUCAUUCGAAGAAGUGGAUUUGGAGUCCCUUUGUCAGGAUGAAUUGGUAUUGCUGUUGCCAGUGUAACCUGAGGAAGUUAUUUGACUGCAAAGCAUGUGAUUGUAUUGGUGCACAAAAUGUAAGUGCAGCAUUGUUAUUGGAGGCGCAAUUUUGCUGUGGCUUGAAUUCACAACAGGAUGCAUCAAGUAUGUAUGUUAUGGGUUUAAUCUGGAGUGCAGUUUAAGGAGAUGAGUCUGAGCCAUAAGUUUGCCUCCAGUGAAAUUCCUAAACCUGCCCCUUCAAAUGAUUGCUUUAUGAGACAUUUGUACUGUGCUGGGAAAGUUUGAGGGGUAUUAUUGUUAUCUUGAAUUGAAACUGUUUUACUGAACCAAUGCGUGGUGUGAAGUGCCUAUGUUUUAAAUAUACUAACAUGGCUGAUUAUGUGUACUUUUUACAUUGGUUGCUUGUCUGACUGUUUUCUUGAUAAUUUGUAAUUGAUAAGUUUUGUGAUCAAGAGAUGCUUUUGAUACAUUGUCUGCAUGUGCACCCUCUUUUAACUUUGCUAGCCAAUUGUGUGUGAUAAUGUAAGGCAGAUUCGAGGGACUUUACUUUGAGUUAUUGUGACCUUGAUAAUGAUAUGCAUCGUAACGAAGUUGCACUUCCAUUGGUUUAUAACCACUCUAGCACAACAGUUGUGUAAACAGAAGCUUAAUUGAUGUGGCAUACCCUGUUAUACCUUUGAUUGUUUUAUAACUAUUAGCUUCCCUGCUGGUACGUAAUUGGUCAUGAUGAAAGAGGGGUGGGUUGCCUUCCUUCAAGGUCAAAAAUUAAAAAUUGACUUUUUUGUUUUUUGUUUUGUUUUUGAAAUGUAGUUUCCUUUUUAGGAAACUUUGGUUUCCUCCCCUAUUGUGCCCCUGCCUCUCUGAUUCUGUCUAAAUUAUCACCCAGUAACUAAUUAGCAAUGUGACAGAUAUGAGAUCUCUUUUAACAGAGUGUUGAUUACUUUCAAAUUGUGCUUGAAUUUAUAUUUGUACACCCUUUAUAUCGCUGUUGCUGAAAAGUCUGAUGGAGCAUUUCGAUUUUACUCUGAUAUAAGCAACAGCCAGGUAAUCUUUUUUUACAAAAACAUGUGUGAUUGCCGACCAAGAGCACAUUGUUUCAUAUGUAAUCAACACCCUGACCAAGUGCACUGUAGUGAUGCACUGUCCAGUGGUCUAGUGAAAUGUUUCAUUCAUCUAUCACAUGUAUCAAGUACCUGUCUCUAAUCUUUAUUACAAAACACACAAUAUUUCAAACUUUUUAGGAAAAAAAUAUGUUACAGGUACAUUGAUGUUUCCCUUCCCUCUUGUAGUAUGUUUGUUACCUAUUAGUAUUCAUCUCUUACUCUAUAUGAUCAAGACCUUGUGUGUAUGAGCUCUUUCUAAACGUAAAUAUUUUGUAUAAGGUUAUAGCAAGCACAUUAUAUUAAUCACAACUUUCCCUUCAACAAACCAGUGAAUAUUGUGAUUUUGUGUGAGCUAGAAUUGUUUAUCUGUAGGACAAGUAAAUACGUGUGAUCUCUACAUGGAUCGAUUCUUUCAAGACUUGUUUAAGGCUUUUUGUAAUUGUAACCUCUUUGCAUACUUUGUUCCAAAUUUUGUGAACUGAAAUGGGGUGGACGAUUGCCGAGUUGAAAUGGAGGUAAAGUUUGUAAUGGAAAAUCAGCCUGUGAUUCUCUUAAUUUAUGCAGUUAAACCGUAGCUUAAAUAAUGCAACAGCAUUGGGAAAGCUAGAUAAUAGAAAGGACCCUGAAAGACCUCUGAAUGAAUAAAAGGCAACUUGAGAAAUAUGAUGUUGUAAGGACCAAAAUUUCAAUUUUGAAAGUUUGUUUCAGCAUGGAGAGGUCACAGUGAUAUCAGCCAUAUAUGGCACUGUAUGUUAAUGUGGUACUUUAUGUUCACUGUAUAUUUGCUGUACCUUCAAGCCGCUUCUGCUGUAGAGGUUUAGAUUUUAAAGUUUCUUGUAUCGAUUAUUUUGCAGUAGACCUGGCAAUGUCGUUGAUAAUAAUACAACAAAGAUCCUCACUUGACCCUUUUAGUUAUCUGUGUGUGGGUGAAGUGCUUAUACUUCUAGAAAUAAUACAGGAAACAACUUUUCUCAGUCAUAAUGUGCUGAAAUUAAAUUCAGGGUGUAUUGGCUGUUUAUGGAUCUAGUUUGAAAUUAUGUUGUUACAGGUUUGCUUUUAUUUUCGUGUUUUUAACUCUUCUUUUGUUUUGUCUAACAUUUUCUUUUCCAUUACCUCACUUGUUUCUAAAUAAGUAAGUAGAGCUUUAACAGAUCUUUGCUUGUUGAAAAAUGUUGAGUUUUAAAUUUCUAAGUGGACCAAGUACUCUCUCACUUUAGGUAGGGUUGUCUCAUUCUUGAUUCCCUUGAUGUAUAAUCUAACAAAUUUCUUUGAUCACUUUACAUCUUUGCUCAGAUUGUAUAGGAGAACCCAGCUUUGUAUGCUGUUUCGUGCAAUGCUGUUUCAUGCAAUUCUAUUUUUGUUAACAGAAUGUUGAUAACACUUUUAAAUUGCAGAACUUAUGAGGCUUGUUGAACUGUGACUUGCAGUUUGGUUGAUUUUCAUAAUUAUACAAUUUUCCCCCCCUUAUUGCUGUGUUCACUACUGAUUGUGGGACAAAGGUUUUUUUAAAUGAUGAGUUUAGAACCUCACCCUUAGUGGUGGAUGUCUCUUUAUCUCGCUUUGCUAUGGCUUUGCUUUGAUGCCAAUUCCUUUUGAACAGGUGUUACUUUGUACCCUAUUUACUGUUUCAUUUGAAGGCAAAGUUUUCAGAACUGUGAUUGCUUCUAUGUAAUACAAUGUGGGUUUUCUUUAGCUUAAAAGGAUUUUUCUUUUCAUGUUUUGAUGAAACUUCUCUGUUUGUUUUGUUUUGCUCCGUAUUUGGAGUUGCUCACUUUAACAGAGUACAUGUUAUCUGAGGGUUUCAGCAGUAGUGUGAUUUUGAACAGCCUGAACUUUCUCAUUUUCAUCCUUCAAUUUGCCUUUCCAAUUUUGGAAUGCAAUAUCCCAUCCUGAGAUCAUUGCUGAAAAAUAAAGAAAAAUGUGAUGAAAGUGGUCAUCCUUGGUUUUUCAGUCUUUUCUAGGCAUUGGUUUCAGGGUCAUUGUGACUUCUUGUGAAACAGCUUCUAACUGUGUGAUUCAUACUAUGCCAUUAUUAUUUAUUUCAUGCAAGUGCCAACUUCAUCUCUUUCAACGAGUUUCAUCUGUUUUCUGUAUAUGAUUUGCAUCACUGCCGUUAUGUGUUAAAACACCUUGUCUGUGACGGGUCUAUCCAUGUGGACCCAAUCCCAUUCUGUUCUAAAAUCAUUGUCACAGUAUUGAAAGAAAUUUGUGUGCUUCUGUAUUCAAAAUGUUUUUUUCCAAAGGAAACAAUAAUAAUAGGGUGUGGAAAAUUGCAAUACUCUUACAUAGUUGUAACAGCUAGCGAGCAUUGCCAAAUGUCCUAGGGUGCAGUCAGAUCAUUUAUUAGAUUUGACAUUUCUUCCAUUGAUUCUUUGUCCAUCAUCAUGUGUGUUCUGUUCAUUUUUUUUCUUGUGUGCUUUUUUCUUUCUGUUGCUUUUUUUACUAUUUGUAAAAGUUAAUGCUUUCCUUCAAAACAUGAUAGAUGUGUAUUUGGCAGGAGUCAUUUUAAAACUUUAUUAUUGUUAUUAUUAUUUAAAUAGUGUGGUCAUCGCACAAAUAUUUCUUAUCUGUCAUAGCAUAUUUUAAAUUGUAUUAUGUAUUGGUUCAUUUUCAAUGCUGGUGCAUCAAAUGAUUCUGAAUUAAUCAAUACAGUAAAACAUGUCUCUCUUACAAAAAGAUCAAAACAAUAAACCAAAAUCUGUUUCUUGUAAAAAAGCCUGAAAAUCACAGUUUAAGUUUUAAGUUUAAGUUUUUAUACAAAUUCAUCAUUGUGGUGUAAGUCAACCUCCUCACUCUAGUCAUAUUACAAAUUUUGUUUGUAAAUUACCUUUGUGUUUAAUUCUUGUAAGCUCAUAUUUCAUUUCCUUCUUACCAACGGUCAAGGGGCAAAAAUGUGUCAUACCAUUAUAGUAAUGAUAAUUAAUGAAAUGUCACCAAGUAAUUUCGGUUUUUUAUUUAUUAAUUUAAGUCAUUUGUGGAUAUUCAUGAAUGUCAAUCAAAAUGUCGGUUUGUUGUUUUGCUCGUUCUAAUUUUAUGUGUUGUUAUUGAUUAUUGUGAACGAGGAGUGUCUUAUUUAUUGCCUAUUGUGUUUUUCGUGCAUGAAAGUGCCAAGUUGUGCAAUUUAUGCACUAUGAGAGAUGUUAAGGUCUUAUCAUAAAUUUGUUACCCAGAAACACUGCAGUUAAGAAAGUUCUUCUGUAAGAGAUUGUGGUUCAAAGCACCUUGUCUAGUCAGCCAAUUGGUUCUUUGUUAAGGACUGAUGAAUGAUCAUCUCUAGCCCUUUUAUUAAAUCUUAUCUAAACGGAUCUAUCGCUAUACUGAUCUGAUCAUCGCGGAAUCUGCACUCUUAGACAGAAAAGGGGUAGAGUAGAAAAAUUAAUGAAAAAUUUUGUUUACUUCUCUUUGACUUAAUUGAGCGUAUUUUUUGUUUGUUUUUUUCUUCUCUAGAGAAACAACUUGAUGAAAAUGGUAAUUUUUUUGUUGGCUUCUUCAGCCAAUCAUCUGAACAAACAAAUAUUGCAUUGAUAUUGUAUUUGCCUUACCACUGUCUUCUAGUCAGGGAAACUUUUACUAGUUCCAGAACUAUUUAAUCAUAGACUCAAUAUUGUAUCAAAGGCUUGGUUUUAAUUUUAUUUCUUACCGCACAUAAAAUAUUUGUCUUUAAAACAAAAUUAGACAUUGUCCAGGUUUUCAUACAUUUUGAAAUACAUCUCUUUAAAGACUGA